CAUCUACAAUCUCUUAAUACAUACAUACCUAUUGUCUUGCACAAGUUUUUGACCCAACUUCCUUUAAACCCUAAUUUGAUUAAGUUUGCAUUGAAUCCUGAGAUCUGUCCAUCCUUCCCCAAUUUCUUUAACAAAAGUUGAAUUUGUCAUUUUCAAACCUAUAUUAUCAAAACCCUUCCUAUGCUACAGAAUCGUUCCUUCUUCUCCGCAUGCAUCCAUCAGCUACUACCUCUGACCUUCUUCCAUCUCCUCAUCCCCUUUCAUCACUUCCAUCUCUUCAUUCUCUCUACACCUAAUUAGCCGCAUCACACCGAUAGCAUCAUGUUAUCAUACCGGUCACCACCACCACUACGACCAUAAAUUACUCACCACCGCACCAGUAUUACACGCCCCCUCCAAAAACCUUGAUUAUUACUACCACCACCACUCACCACCUUCUAUGCCUCUCCCUGAAGAAAAUCCCUAAACCAUCAUUUCUACCACCAAGGAGCACCACGAACAGAAACAAACACCAUCAACACAACUCGUUGCCACAAGUAAAUGCUACGUCAAUCACACAUACAAUAUUUUCUUACUUCUUUAUGCCAUACGUCAAUCACCUGCUGAUUUUGGUAUUUUCAUGGUUGCUGAUACAACUGACAUGCAUAAGAAGGUAAAUUUAUGGCAAUAUAGAUGAUAACGAGGUUGUUGGGUGGGUUGGCUGGUGUUGGCCCAGGUGGUGCUUCUAUGAUGGAUGAGAAACAAAGGGUGGAUUGUACUAGAGAUUCUUUGUAUCUUAGUGGUGAUGAGUGUGGUUUGUUUCUUCAUUUGGCUAUUACCAAUCAUAUAAUUGCUCAAGCUGGUGAAUUGGGGGAGGAUCUAAUUAGUUUAAGAAGACGCUUUUGUGAAGAAUUUCAUCAAGACACGGAAUUAAUGGAACCUAAAAGAGCAGGUUGUCGGUUUCAUUGUCCCAAAAAGCUUUCCACCUCCGACAUCUCACGAACACAGACGCCACCGCCAUCGCCACCGACCGCUAUUUGCUUCGAUUUUCCAUUAAUUGUAGAGGGUGAUGCGUAUGCGGGCUACCACUUCCAGCUACCACUUCACCAUCAUCCUCUCUCGCCUCCACCGUCGAUGUUUCUACCGACUCCAGUACCUCAUCAAGGGUACUUUAUCGGGCUUAUGAGCAGCAAAUCCACAACGAUUUCCCACCAUCAUCGAUUAGCGAUUUGCGAAGCGAGGAAGUAG